AUGCUGUGGCUGAGAAAAUCAUUUCAUUAUAUAUUUACUUUUCCGAUACUUCUAUAGAAAAAUAAUAAAACAAAAAUAAAAAUACAAUAGAAUAGAAUGACCGAUAACAUUGAAAUGAAUCCAAAUGAAUGGACUAACUGGAUUAAAGAGGCUAUUUCUAAAAAACAUAUUAAAUAUUAUGAAUAUAAGGAUUUUCAUAAUAUUGAAAUUAACAGUUAUGACUUUGGGAAUGUUUAUCGUGUAAAUUGGAAAAAUUCGAAACAGUAUUUUUCAUUAAAAUCGUUUAAUCUUGACAACAUAACUGUAAAAGAAAUUAUACGUGAGUUUGAACUGCGUCGUAAAGUCAAUUUUCACGAAAAUAUUGUUCAAUUUUUUGGAAUAACGAAUAAAGAAAGUCAAAAUAUUCAAUUAAGACAGUAUUUAUUAGUAAUGGAAUAUUUUAAUGGCGGUUCUCUUCGAAAUUAUUUGGAAGAAAAGUUUAAGGAUCUUACUUGGGAAAAUAAAUAUAAGUUAGCACAUCAGUUAUCUAGUGCCGUAUCACACUUACAUGAAAAAGGAAUUGUUCAUUGUGAUCUGCACACAAAUAAUAUAUUUGUUCAUCAAGAUACUAUAAAAUUGGCGGAUUUUGGUUUAUCGAAAAGAAUCAAAGGGGCAUCUAAACAACAAUCAGACUUAUUUGGUGUUGUUCCUUAUAUUGACCCACAAUGGUUAAAUUGCCGUAAUAAUUUAGUACAAGAAGAUUCAUUAAAUGAAAAGAGCGAUGUUUACAGUAUUGGAGUGAUACUAUGGGAAAUAUCAAGUGGUCAACCACCAUUUAAAGAUAAAUCAUAUGAUGCAGAUUUAGUAAUGAAAAUUUUACAAGGUCGUAGAGAAACGAUGGUUCCAGAUACUCCUACUGAUUAUUUUAAUAUUUAUACUGAAUGUUGGGAUAGCAAACCAAAUAAUAGGCCGACUAUGGAUCAAGUAGUUUUUAAAUUGAAUGCAAUUAUCAACACAAAAAAUAGUAUAAUAAUAGAUAAUAAUAAAUUAAUUCCUCAAUCAUCAGAGAAUUCUGAUAAUAUUGGUAUUUCAAAUAUUAUUAAUUUAUCGCAUGAAGAAUUAUCAUCUAUUAUGAGAAGUUUUAAUAAUAUGAAUGUAAAAGAAAUGGAACCUACAACACUAAAUAUUCAUGAAAAUAUUUUUGAAGAAGACUUGAGCAUUAUAAUUGAUGAAUUGGUCGAUCUUUAUUUUAGAGAAUUAAAUAAAGGGAAGGAAAAUAAUGUAAGAAUGCAAUGCGUUUUUGAUUAUGUUAGUAAUCACAAGAUAGAUUUACAUGAAAUUUAUAAUUGGCUUUUAAAUAAUCAAUAUCAUUCAAAUUCUAUUUAUUUACUUGGAUAUUUUAAUUAUCGUGGAAUCGAAACUAAUAUUAACAAGCAAAAAGCGUUUGAAUUAUAUAAAAAAGCAGCAGAAUCAGGAAGUAGUGUGGCUCAAUUUGAACUUGCUUAUAUGUAUAUUUAUGAAAAAGAUAUUGAUAAAGAUUAUGAUAAAGCAUUUGAAUUAUCUAAAAAAUUAGUAACAAAAGAAUAUUCAAGUGGAAUUAAUCUGUUGGGUUAUUGUUAUGAGUGUGGAUUUGGAACUUGCAUUAAUAUGCCAAAGGCAUUUGAAUUAUAUCAAAAGGCUGCAAAUUUAGGAAAUCUUAGAUCUCAAUUUAAUCUCGCCUUGAUGUAUAUAUACGGAAAGGGUAUCGAAAAAGAUUACUUUAAGGCGUAUGAAUUAUUUGAGAAAUCAGCGGCAGGAGAUUAUUCACAUGGAAUAUGUAUGCUAGGAUAUUGUUGUGAUCUUGGGUUUGGAACUAGUACUAAUAAACAAAAAGCAUUUGAAUUAUAUCAGAAAGCAGCAAUUUUAGGAAAUCGUAUAGCUCAAUAUAAUCUUGCUAUGAUGUAUGAAAAAGGAAGUGGAAUUAAAAAAAAUUUGUAUCAAGCAAUUUAUUGGUACAAAAAAUCCGCUGAACAGGGAUAUCAAAAUGCUCAAAUUAGAUUAUCAAGGUACUUAUAAAAAAAUACAUUUAUAUAUUACGGAUUUUAUUUAUUAGAAUUAUAUGAAUUGUAUUGUAAGUUUUAAAUUUUGUAUAAAAUAUGUAUUUACAUUAGAAAGUAUUAUGAAUAAAGUUUAACUUUUUUUUAUCACCUUUAA